AUGUUUGGACUUCUCCACUCCGUAGCCAUGGCUCGUAAGCCUCCGCGCGACGUCCCAACGCGCGGCCGCCGAGACGCCAACCGCGUUGGAUCUUCUCGCAGCGUCAUCAACAACGAGUUCGAUGACAACGCCGAUGAUAGCGACUACCAUGAGCCCGCCGAAGGCACCGACAACGAGGCGGACUCGGGUGAGGAGGAGGGCAAGGGGAUGUCCGACUUCGACGACAAGGAUGACACUGAUGACGCUGCGGAUGACGACAAGGAUGCACCCGAGGAGGUCCAGCCCAAAGCACCGACAUCUCGCCGCGGACGUUUGAAGUCCUCCUCCAACGGCAAGACCGCAGCGAAGGGUGGCGACCCUACACGGCCCGCCCCAAAUACCCGAACCCAUGUGCCGAAGAAGUGCACUAUCUGGUUGAACCUGGAGAACACCAUCCUGGUGGCCGCGCGCUGGUUCAUGAAGGACGAGCUCGAACCGCUCGUCGGUAAGCAAGGCUCCCAAUAUUGGGCCCGCCUUGUCAACCACAUCGAGAAGGAGAACCCGGGGUGGGUGCGCGGCUCCAAUGCGGUGCAGAAGCAUUGGUGCAAUCUUGUCUACAUCUACAAGCAGCUCAAGAAAGGCGAGAGGGCGUUGGGGAAGGGCACGGUGUGCAAGCCGCCAUGGUGGCCGUUGUUGAACAAGAAUGAAUGA